ACCUACCUACCUACCUACCUACCUUUAGGUGGCUCUGUCAUUUACGCGAUCAAGGGCAAAGCCGUGUGUCUGCCUACCCGUCUGCAGUUCGGACAUCAGCACGCGAUCGUCACCCUGGUCCACACCGACCAACGGAGAAAGAAAAGAUCACCUACGUUAUUAAAUGGUAACCCUGGACUUUUUUCUUUUCAAAUUGUUUCCUCCCCUCAUUUCCCGUCAUCGUGGGCCGUUUUGGCAGCCACGAGCCCACGAGGCGGAAUGCCAAGACAUGAAAUGCGCACCUUGAUGGCUGGCGCCAAGAAAUUGUUUGCACCGCGAAGCGGGGAGUGACCACUUUCAAAGGUGCUAAAGCCUGCAAGUUUUCACUGGGAUGCGCCGUUGGCUCUUUGAAAAUUGAAAAGAAAGACGAAAAACUUUCCAAGUCCAGAUCCCUGGUACUUUUGUCAGUUUCUCCAGUUCACCGUUGUAGAUACCUUGGCAAGACACCUUGAUGGCCCUACUACCGGGCAACGUCCAAGUCGGUUGCUAUGAUGCUGUGCCCGGAAUGGAAGGUGAGGGAUUAACAAACCUUGAGAUCGCUGAACAGUUUUUCGGUGGCUUGGAAGGAAACAGAAUAUAUAAAUGUCGAUGUUCAUGGCGAUUGUUGAGUAGGUGUUAGAUUGUAUACGCACCCAUCUCGAGCUUCAGAUCAGUCCAGUGAACGUUGAAACCAUCACGUCGCGUCGCUUCUCGCCCGGUCUUUCCAAACUCAACUCUUGAGACCAUAGCAACCAGUAUCCUACAGCGGCAGCAACUUUCCGACAAGAUGAAAACGUCCAGCAUCAUACUCGCUGCAUCCCUAGCAGCCACAGCCGUAGCUCUCCCAGCUGGAGGUGGUGAACCGGACCGGGUUGUCACGAUUACCGUUCCGGCCCCGCCUACCGCGGCAACUGCAGCACCGACCUGGAACUGGCGUGAGGGUGCCGUAGAUUCGUACCCGAUCCACUCGUCUUGCAACGGCACUGAGCGUCUGCAACUGGCCCGCGCACUGGACGAGACGGUCAGCCUGGCCCGCCAGGCCCGCGACCACAUUCUCCGUUUCGGCAAGACCUCCAGCCUUUACUCCAAGUACUUUGGUAACGCAUCCACCGCCGAGCCAGUUGGUUGGUACCACAAGCUCGUAGGCGGAGACAAGGCGGGACUGUUGUUCCGCUGCGACGACAUUGAUGGCAACUGUCACCAAGAAGGUUGGGGUGGCCACUGGCGAGGCGAGAACGCAACCUCCGAGACCGUCAUCUGCCCCCUCUCUUACACGACCCGCAAGUCCCUCGAGGGCCUCUGCGGCUUCGGCUACACCGUGGCUGCGGGCAAGCUCAACACCUUCUGGGCCGGUGACCUGAUGCACCGCAUCUUCCACCUCGAGCCCGUCGGCGAGGGCGUCCUCGAGCACUACGCCGACUCGCACGCGGAGUGCCUGGAGCUCGCCAAGUCGGACCCGGCCAAGGCCGCCCGAAACUCGCACACGCUUCAGUACUUUGCGCUCGACGUCUACGCUUACGACAUUGCCCUGCCCGGAGAGGGCUGUGCCGGCAAGUCUCCGUCGGCGAGCAGCGAUGGCGGGCACUCGACCCCGUCGCCGAUUCCUGCUUCCCCGCCCACCCAGACUAGUGCUGCCCCGACUGAAUGCCACACACACGCCGAUGGCGUCGUCCAUUGUUCCUAAUUUUCGCGCUUCCGCGGCUUGCUUUUUAAAAUUUAAUACGUAAUUCUGUUAGAAGAUAAUCAGCUGCUUCGAGCAUGGAUUAUUGGGCAUGUCGGGAAUGGGAGGACAAAAGCUCGGUUGAUGCUGGGUAUGAUAUGAUUCAUGAGAACAUCAGUUUUGAUAUAGACACGUUUCGAUACCUUUUGAUCCGAAUGUAAUGAACACCGUCAUUACCACUCGA